UCACACACCAGGGAGAAAUGUGUGCAAAAAAAUGAGAUAUUCUUUAGAGAAUUUCCAAGCCCGCUAACCGACCUGUCAAACAAACCACUGUAGCAAAUUUCCCUUCACUGCAAAAGAGGAUUGUCUUGCUUUCUCGAUAGUCACUGAGAGAUCAGAAGAAGGAAAAGAUAUGGCUUUUACUCUUCACCACUAUACACUCCCUUUCUCACCUUUUCUCCAUCAAAACUCAGCCUUUUCUCUUCAAUCUUACCAGAAGCCCACCAUGGAAUCACAAAGAUUGCCGAUAACUCAUUGCUCCAUAAACCAGAAUAACAGCAAAACUCUCAGAACAUGCAAGAACUGUAAAACCCAGUUCGACCCUUCCCUUAACCACCCUCGAGCUUGUCGCUUCCACACUUCUCAUUUUGGAGGGGAAACAAAGAGGAAGUUUGAGAGUGUAUACACUGGAGGCACUAUGAAUACUCCUGAUUCUGGCCAAGUUUUUCAAUAUUGGCAUUGCUGUGGGUCUGAAGAUCCCUUUGAUCCAGGAUGUACUGCUGCUCCUCAUUCCUCCUAUGAUGACUGAUGUAGAAGACACUCUUACAAGCGAUGCAGCUGAUAUAUAUAGAAUAUUCUCGAUUAUUACGAAUUUGACUGCAUAUGCAUGUUUCAUUCAUCCUUUGUAGAAAAUAUAUACUGAGGUAAUCCACACUCAUUAUUUUUUCA